UUUUUUUUUCUUUUUUCUUGUUAUGUGAAAAAACUUUAUAAGUUGAAGCAAACAAUUGAAUUAUUUUUUGUUUAUUAUUUAGCUCCAUUAUCAUAAUUCACCAUGCUUAUUUUUAAAGAUAUUAUUACCAGCGACGAAGUCUUAUCUGAUGCCUACGACUUAAAUUUAGUCGACAAUGUUGUCUACGAAGUUAACUGUCAAAUGAUCCAAGUCAAACCAGGUGCUGAUGUUGAUAUUGGUGCUAACCCAUCUGCCGAAGAUGCUGGUGAAGAAUUAGAAGAUGGUGUUGAAACUGUUAACAACAUUGUUAACUCUUUCCGUUUACAAUCCACUGGUUUUGACAAGAAGAGUUAUCUUACUCAUCUUAAAGCCUAUAUGAAGGUUAUUAAAGCUAAAUUAGCUGAUCAACCAGAAGAACAAAAAGCUUUCGAAAAGGGUGCUUCUGUUUAUGCUAAAAAGAUUAUUAAGAAUUUCAAAGAUUUUGAUUUCUACACCACAGAGUCUAUGAACCCAGAUGGUAUGGUUAUCUUAUUAAACUAUCGUGAAGAUGGUACUACUCCAUACGUUAUUGUUUGGAAACAUGGUCUUGUUUCUGAAAAAAUCUAAGCAAUUGAAUUUUAAAUUUUCUGUUAAUUACUUUGUAAUUAUAACUAAUUGUUUUUUUUUUCUUUUUAUGAUUGAAUAAUGAUAUUUUGGAUAUUAAAUUAUUUUUAAGAAUUUCUAGUAAUCUUUUAAUAUAUAAAAAUUUCACAACUAUUUCAUCAAUAAAUUACUCAUUAACUAUUAUAAU